AUGCCUGCGAUGAGUGCCACGCAGUUUGAGAUGUUUGAGUGGGUGGUGAGGGACGCCUUCAACAGCAGCAACUGCGCGAGCGAUACAAGGACGAGAAGCUACGUUGUGGGGCAGGUUGGCAGAUGUCAGGAUGCCAAGACCAUCGCCAUCGUGCCCCGCCCACACGCCGUGACUGUAGAAAUCGAGUCGCACGGAAACCCCAACUGCACAGACCCGCAAGACAUGGCGAUCGAGUGGCUCGACCACUGUGGUAAUGAGGCGGACGAGACUACCUCCAAGGCGACGUUGGUGACAGCUCACUCAAUCUCCUUUGCCUACUACACGGAUAAAGACUGCGAAACAACGCCAGAAAACAUGUCAGUGUAUCCCCUCGAGGUCUGCGCGACCACUGACAGCAUGGCGGGCUCCGGCAGCUUUAAGUAUCUUUGCCAGGAUGAUGCGCUUGUGAUGUGCUACUACAGCGGCCUGGCUUGCAGCCUUGACCCCAACGUUUGCGUGGCGCAACCAUCCCUGGAUUCCUGUACUGGUUCCUACAAGGUAGCCAUGCAAGGCGCCAACGCCGGCCUGUGCCCCAACACGACCACGACCUCCACAACCACCACCACCAGGGAGGUUCAGGUGAGUUCAGCAGAAGGCGCCUGCUUGAACAGUGGCCUUCUGCUCUUCAGCUUUGGCUUUCUCGCCUUCAGCAACACACUCUUCGUAAGAGCUUGA